UGUACUACAGUGUAGUACUGCUGCCAACAGUAGGCGCGUCUCCCGCUCAGCCUGGCCCUAAUCAGCAUCUCCUGGUUAAUGGAUUAUACAGUUUCCCUCCAAGUGCAACAUCAGCUGGCGGUGUUCCCGACACACUUCUAUCAAGGUUACAGUGUGGAGUUACAGAUGAAGUCAACAGAGGUGGACCAAGGACUUUUCACAGACAGCUACUGCAAAGUGUGCAGCGCUCAGCUCAUCUCUGAAUCCCAGAGGGUCGCCCAUUAUGAGAGUCGGAAACACGCCAACAAAGUACGGCUCUAUUACAUGCUACAUCCUGUGGAUGGAGGCUGCCCUGCCAAGAAGCUCAGAACAGACAAUGGCAGCGACGAGGGCGACGUGGACAAGAAUAAGUGCUGCACGCUGUGUAACAUGUCCUUCACCUCAGCAGUGGUGGCGCAGUCACAUUACCAGGGUAAAAUCCACGCCAAGAGGCUAAAACUACUACUGGGGGAGCAGCCUGCCAUCAUAGCCAAAGAGGCGUCCUGCAGUCCUGUCAAGACUUCCCCAGAAACAUCUCUCAUGACCACCCUGCAACAGCGCCGCAACUCAGACCGCUACUGCCAGCUAUGCAAUGCGUGGUUCAACAACCCCGGCAUGGCCCAGCAACAUUAUGAUGGCAAAAAGCACAAGAAGAACGCGGCCAGAGCAGACCUACUGGAGCAGCUGGGCAAGACCCUGGACAUGGGAGAGAUGAAAGGUCUGAAACGGAGCUAUACCUGUGAGGUCUGCAGUGUCACACUGAACUCGGUGGCACAGUACCAUGCACAUCUGCAGGGCUCAAAGCACCAAAACAAUCUGAAGAAUCAGAUAUGUGUCCAAUGAGCGUGGGAUGAAGAUAAAAACCAACUACUGGAUUGAUGUCAGACAAGCUGUGGUCAGCUUGCCCUGCUUUUUCUGCCUCUGCCCUGCUUCUGCUCUCCUUCACAUCAUUUCAGUUUCUCUCCUUCUCUCUCUCUCUCUCUCCUAUCUGUCACUUUGUCUGUUUUGGCCACCCUGACAAGGAGUUGUUUUUGUAAUGCUCUGGCACUGUAUCAACUUUCUCAUCUGUCAGUAAAGUUUAAACCUUUUCUCUGCAUUGCUGGCCACUCUAUCAUUGACCUAUGACAUUCCACUGCAGCAGUGUACAGUGUUUUCUUAUCCACUGACAGUCUGAGAUCAUUAAAGUGGAUCCAAUACAGCCUUUCUAAAAAUGCAUGGACUAAAUUAUACUCUGUUUUCCACUGGAUGCCAAGUACUGUAAGUGGAACUUUGACCUGAGAAUAUGAGGGUUGUUUUUAACUUCUUUUGUUUGCUUUUACUUGAAUGAAACAGAGCAUAUUUAUUUGAAAUGAAAGACAUACAUCAUUUAGCAUUGUGGGAUUUUGAGUAUGAGACAAUUAGUCUCUUUGCCCUCAGAUUUUGUAUGGUACACACAGUGUGACUUAACUGUAAUGCUUUUAUUGCAUUCAUGCUUAGAGUGGCGUUAAAUCCCCUUAUGGCUUUAAGGGGUUGAUGGCAAUAAUGACACCGGUUGUACUCUUACCAUAUGUUGUAGUGGUAUUACUUCUAGUUACUGUACUGAGCAGUAAAUGACUUGCGUCUGUGGCUCUGAUAGCGCUUUAAGGAGACCAGUAGAAAAUAAUAAGAUGUGUCUGCAUCUACACAGGGACAGAAGAUAAUUUUCAAAAACUUCUAAAUGGCAAAUUACAACUUUAAUUUUCUUAGUUUUGACACUGUUAAUAGUCACUCUGUACUCAUCAAGUUAAGAUCCUACAGCACAGUAACAUCUCAUGCUCCCAAUUUGUGUUGUAUCAUAACUAACAGAAAUUAUGCUUGAUGCUACAAAAAUACAGUGAAGUCCAAUGGGGCAAGAAACAUGAGUAGUCACGCAGACAGGCUGUAAGCAAAUCAACAAAGUUAAAUGAGCUGACAGUAUUUGGAAGAGAACUAUGGCCAGCAAUUAAUGGUUUCUUAAAUUUCAUCUGCAUACCCAUCCAUUUUCUUAUAUGUGUCCUAGUUACUGUGGCAGCAGGACAAGCACAGUAGCCCAGAUAUAAGAUAUAAGGAUAAGGAUAAGGAUAAGGAUAAGGAUAAUUACCUUUAUUGGCCAAGUAUGUUACACACAAGGAAUUUGUUUCCGGUAUAGAACCGAUAUCUUACCAAAAAUAGAGAUGCAGCCCAGAAGAGGUCAGUAUGCUUUGGCCAAAGUGAUUGUUGCAUGGUCUAACAGUGUUGGAAACACCCUAUCUCUAUAUCUUUUCAACAUUCCAAAACCAACAAUCUGACAGUCAUACCCACUUUAUGCAGUAAUUUGCAAAGUGGGCAGAGAUUAGAGGUUUGAACAAGGUUUGAACUUGUCACAGCUGUUUUCAUUCAGACAUCUUCAGACAACAAGUCAUACAGAGUCAUUUGUUUCAGUCAUAACCCAUGCAGAAGGUUACCGUAGCAGACACUGUUCCCAGCACCGCUCCACUUUGAGAUUCUGUCCAAACCCAAACUCUCCAUUAUAAACAUCCAUCACAGUUUACAGACUGACUUUUUACAUCUUUGACUUAAAGUACCUGCUGUAGCUGUCCUAACUUUGUCUUUUAGCUCCAAAUCAAGUGGUCGUCUCUCUUAAACCGCUGGCUUGUUUACAACUUGUCUGAUCAUCUGACUGUUCACGUUUCUUGCUCCAGUUCGUUGUAGUAAUUGCACCAUGUUCCCAGAUUUCAGCAAUUAUUUUGGUGAGAACACUUUUAUCAAAACUGACAGAAAAGAUGCCCAAUGCUACAAACAUGAGACUAGAGUUGAGAUAAAAAAAAUCCUUUAGGUUUGAACAGAAGAAGUCAUCUAUUCCACGAACUGAAGAAAAGAGUUUUCCUUUGCUGUGGAAAAGCAGCAUAUACAGUCUUCUGUAUGUGGUCAGUGUUAGAGAUUUAGAAAUACUUCCUCUGGUUAAGAUGCUUUCAUUUCAGUAUGGUCUUCGUCUCAGGGAGGUGUAACUGGUUGCUUUGGUGAAACUGAACACUGCUUUUGAGAGCCGAACAUUCACGUCCUGCAUUCAUACCACUGUCGAGCCUUGUAGAGUGUGCUGGUAGUCAGUGGACUGAAACAUAACUGUAAUGGUUUCACAAAAAGAACUUUGAUAUUGUGGGGUGUUAUAAAGGGCAAUUUAGCUUUAUAUGUAUAUACAUAUGGAUCUUAUUCAAAGAACAUGUAGCACUCUUCUUUCUUACAUGUCAUAUUAAUAAAUUAAAGAUGUGGACUUUAAGUAAGCCAGUGUUGUAUAAAUUGAAACUUAAUGACAUUGUAACUGAAUAAUACAUUACCUGUUGUAGAUUAAAUUCAUUUAGAAUUCCUAUUUGUUCACAAUAUAAGUGAUUUCUUCUACUGCCACUUUCAGUGCUGUGUCAACUGCACAACUGUGUUUGAUCAAGAUGUAGCUGUGAUUCAUGUUAAAGUGUUUUAUGUUGCAGAGACCUCUAAGUUUACCGAGAGCUGAAAUCACUAACAUCGAGCUGGAGGUUUGUGCUGUAGAUAAAGAGGAUAAACUCACCACAAAACAUCAUGGUCAGAACUCAAAUGGCUGCUGGCUGAUGUCAGAGCCGCUCACUUGUGUGAGAGAAGCUGCCGCUGACAACAAUAAUAAUUCAGUAAUAAUUUAUGGAGUGUGUUUUUUUUUUAUAUAUAUAGCAACUAAGAAGUGCAUGUAUGAUUUGUUAUUGCAAGUCAAAAAGAAUAACUCCACCAAACUGCUUUGCUCCUCCUGAGUGAAAACUGUCCCAACGUUGCUUUGGAUCAAGUCAUUUCUCCUUCAUGACAGGACGUCCACCAUCAUACGCCCUCUAGUCCCCUUGUGCUCUGGGUUAUGUGCUCUGUUGUGUCUGAGAAAAGAAUUAAAAGACACUCGCAACUACACAUAUUCUUUGUUGUAUUUUCUUGCGUAUUUAGCUUGCUGUUUACAAUGAUUAUAGUAAUGUCUAUGCCUGUCUCUAUAGUAAGUUAUUAUAAUUACUGUAAUUAAUGUUGUUUGUAUGCUACGGACUUUAAAAUGGCAACGGCAGAAAGCAAUUUAAAGUCACAGCACAUACCAUCACAAAGGCAGUUCUCUAAAUGUUCUGGUUUUAAUAACAUGCUUUGAAAUUUUAAGCUUUAGUUAGAUAAUAUAUCCUGCUCAUUUAAGUGCAGUAGUGAAACAUUUGUCAGAUGACAAACAUGACAGAACUUCUCCUGUCCCAUGUUCUACAAAUAAACAGUUUUUUCUUCAGAGAGCUGAUUAAAUCUGUCUGUUUUUGUAGCUAGUGGAGACUGCACAC